AGGCGCGUGUGUAUCUAUUUGACUUUAUUUUCACCGCUUGGCUUUCACCCCAAGUCAAUUUAGUAUUCUUAUCAAUCUCGUCAUCAACCUGUGUGCCCUGAGAGACGCGUUCUGGAAACGUACUAUUGCCAAUAUCCGACUCCGACGCCUUCAUUUCUCCCUUGUUGAAUUGGCACACCCUCAAGGAUUCCCUUUUCUGAGCGACGGAGAUUCUUCGGUCGCUCGCUUCUUCAUUUCCAAUUCUUCUCUCCCAAUUUUUCCCUCUGGAUUUCUUCUUGAAGAUGCGUCGCGCUACAUCCAAGAAAGUGGGUCAAUCCAAUUCUAAUUCCUCCCCCGCCGAUCUCUUCCGCUCUGCUUCAAGUAAAGCAAGUUCCAAAGAAUCAGAACGGAUUGACAGUCUAUUCUAUUCAUAUGCCAAUGUUUCUUCUGGUUUGAUUGAUCCAGAAGGAAUUGAAACACUUUGUGCUGAUUUGGAGGUGAAUCAUACUGAUGUGAGGAUCUUGAUGCUUGCAUGGAAAAUGAAAGCUGAGAAGCAAGGAUAUUUUAACUUGGAUGAGUGGAGGAGAGGCCUUAAAGCAUUAAGGGCUGAUACAAUGAGUAAAUUGAAGAAGUCCCUUCCUGAUCUAGAAAAGGAGGUCUUGCGGCCAUCGAAUCUUUCUGAUUUCUAUUCUUAUGCAUUCCGAUAUUGUUUAACAGAAGAGAAGCAGAAAAGCAUCGAUAUAGAGAGCAUUUGUGAAUUACUUACUCUUGUACUGGGUUCCCAAUUUCCAUCCCAAGUCAACUUAUUUGUGGAAUAUUUAAAGACUCAGAGUGAUUACAAGGUCAUAAACAUGGAUCAAUGGAUGGGAUUUUUCCGGUUUUGCAAUGAGACAUUUAAAAAUUUGUAUAUGUAACCCGUGGGCACAAAGUCACUUAUCGAUAAGCUUCCCAGACCUGAGCAACUACAAUCCAGAACAUGCAUGGCCCUUGGUCCUGGACAAUUUUGUUGAAUGGGUGAGAGAAAAGCAAAAGUAACAUGAUUCUCUGCAGAGAACCGCUAUAAUUGAUGAUAAGGUUAAAUGAAUCUGUCUUUUUACCCCUCUGAAGAAGACAUCACUCUUUACUAUAUCCUUCUCUAAAUCUGGGGGGAAAAAUCUUGUUACAGCCGUCCCCCUGGAAUGCCACUCCAAGAUUGUUCCUUCUACAUCGGACUGCCAACUUUGUUCUGAUUCAUUUGUUGGCACUACUUCCAUAUAAACAAAGAGAAAACUGUCAGAUCACCUAAAACAGAUAUACAUGCAUGCCCAUGUGGCUCAUUCUAUUCUCUUUUUUCUUCUGCUGGCUCAUCUUCUUGUUGGCCAUUUUUUUAAUUAUGAAUUAUUGUUUGUUUGGUCCCUUUCAAACCACCUUUUUUAAUACCAUAUGUGUCGUUGGGAUCGGA